AAUAGCUAGUUCGCGAAAUGGGUGGGAUUGAGUAACUGAAUCCGAUUCCCAUGAGCUGGAUCCCUAUUUGUUUGAAAAGCCGUCCCGGUCUUCUCGAUUUCCCCGUAUAUCAGACACCAAAAGGCCAAAGGCGACACUGUCUCUAGCAGCCAAACAUGUUGAGGGUUUGCAAAGGCUUCAGGGCUCUGUUAGCUUCCCCAGCGACGGCGGCGCCGUCUUCAGCAGUCAAGUUUUCUUCUGCUUCUUCGAAAUCAGCUUCUUCAAAAGUGGCGGCUCAGAAAACCCCGAAAAAGCCAACCACUUCAAAACCUAAGCCUAAAAAAUCAGCUGCUCCUCCAAAUGAGACUCGAGCUACUGGGAUUCUUAAAGCUACCCCGGUUUCUCCUGCUUUGGGACAGUUCCUUGGAACCCAGCAGGCUUCUCGUGCGGAUGCUGUUAAGCAGAUCUGGUCCUAUAUCAAAUCCAAAAACCUCCAGAAUCCAGAUAACAAGAGGGAGAUAUUUUGCGAUGAGAAGCUUAAGACCAUUUUUGAUGGAAAAGACAAGAUCGGUUUCCUGGAGAUCGGAAAAAUGUUAACCCCUCACUUUGUGAAGACCACCUAGUCUAUAUUCUCAUAAUAAUCAGCGUUCAGUUGCCCGGCAAGCUACAUCAAGCUAGCACUUUCCAAUGUAUGUUCAUGUUUUGCUUUUUGUUUCUGUAUCUGAAAUUUCUGGGGUGGACGUGCAACUGAGAACUUAGUGGAAAGAUUUAGUAGGAAGUGGUAUCCUGAUUUUAGUAUAACUGUUUAUGAAUCUUUGAUGAGCUUGUAUUUAAUGAAUCGAACUAGGAGAAACCAUUGUCGUCGAUGUUAAUGUUCAAAAUUCACCCGUAAAAGCUGCCUUGUUUAUCUGCGAGGCAAGUAAUGUCAUUUGUGGAUCUGAA